GAACAAAAAAGUUUUCUUCUUUCCUCUGGGUUUCCGGUUUCCCCACUUUUAACUUGAUGGUCUUAGGACUAUAUUAGAGUCUCCUCUUGCUUGCAUUCAGUCACCCUCUUCCUAAUUUCUUUUUCACUUACUGCAAUUGUAUUGACAAACCCUUCCACAGCUCUCCUUCUCCUCCCUUCAGAUCUUUUCAUCCGUCUAUUUGUAAAUCCGAGCUCUCCUUCUCCUUCCUACAGAUCUUUUCAUCUUUCUACUCUUAAAUCCCAAUGGCCUCAUCUUCCUCUUCGACCCACCAACCCAAAAACUUUGAUGUCUUCUUAAGUUUCAGAGGUGAAGAUACCCGUCGUGGUUUUAUAAGCCAUUUGCACAAAGCUUUGUGUCAGAGAGGUAUUUACACAUUCAUCGAUAAUGAUCUCCCCAGAGGAGAAGAAAUUUCUAUAGAACUUCUCAAAACUAUUGAGAAUUCAACCACGUCAAUAAUCGUAUUUUCUGAAAAUUAUGCUUCCUCUACUUGGUGUUUGGAAGAACUUGCUAAGAUUGUUGAAUGUAGAAAAAAUAAGCAAUCAGUGCGACCGGUUUUUUACAUGGUGGAUCCAUCAGAAGUUCGUAAACAAGAAGGAAAAUAUGGGAAAGCAUUAACUAUGCAUGAAGAAAAAUUUAAUGAUAAAAAGAAGAUUCAAAGGUGGAGGGAUGCUCUACGUAAAGCAGCCAGUAUCUCUGGUUGGGACUCCAAAAAUAGCCGCGAUGACUCUGAACUUGUCCAAAAAAUUGCUGAAGAUAUCUCAAAGACUUUUUUAAAUAAGAUGCGAUUAUCUGUUGCUGAAUAUCCAGUUGGAAUAAAUUCUCGCGUAAAGAGUGUUCUAAAAUCUUUAAAUAUUGAAUCAAAGGAUGAUGUUAGAAUAUUAGGGAUUUAUGGCCUUGGUGGAGUAGGCAAAAGUACAAUUGCAAAAGCUAUUUAUAAUAAAAUUUCAUAUCAUUUCGAAGCAAAAAUUUUUCUAGAGAAUGUUAGAGAGAAGUCAAUAACAAAAGGCAUAAUCCACUUACAAGAGACACUUAUUUCUGAGGUCUUAGGUGAUAGGAGUUUGAAGGUGCAUAACGAAUGUGGAGGAACUGACAUGAUAAAUAAAAUUCUUUAUAAAAAGAGGGUUCUUAUCAUUCUUGAUGAUGUGGAUAAUUCGGACCAGAUAAAAAAAUUGCUUGGAAAAUGUGAUGGGUUUGCUUCUGGAAGUAGAAUAAUUAUGACAACAAGGGAAAAACACUUGAUAGACACUAUUGGAAGGGAAAAACACUUGAUAGACACUAUUGGAAAUGGUGUCUCAACCUAUCAAGUUAAGGAAUUAGAUGAAAAGGAAUCUAUUAAACUCCUUAGCAAGCAUGCCUUUCGAAGCAACAAACCAAAUGAAGAUUAUUUGAAACUUGUGAGCGAAGUUAUACACUAUGCUAAAGGCCUUCCACUAGCUCUAGUAGUAAUGGGCGCUGAUUUGUAUGGAAAAACUAUACCUGAAUGGGAAAGUGACUUAAAUAAAUAUACUAGAAGCUUGUGA